CUCGUCCUCCAUAAACUUCCAAAAACCCUCUGCAACUUUUCGAGCUCCGUCAGGAGGAAAAAAAAAUAAUAAAAAAAAGAGAUGAUGCUCGGAGAGCCUCACCGUCCUCCUAAUCCGACGAUCGACGUUCCUCCCUGGCCGAUCCUGGACGAUCCGACGGACGACGCCGUGCCUCACUCUCCGUACUCCCCUUACACGCUCAAUGCUGGCUACGGCGGCGGCUGCGACUCCUCUCCCUCCGCCGCCGGCCCCGGCCACUUCCAGGACGUCAUGGCGGCGCUCCGGCGGUUCCUGCCGUCGAACCGCCCCGACACGGACCCGGACCCGGAUAUGACGUCCUCCCGCGAGGCGGACUUCCCCAUGGACGUCUACUCCUGCGACAACUUCCGCAUGUACGAGUUCAAGGUGAGGCGGUGCGCGCGGGGGCGGUCGCACGACUGGACGGAGUGCCCGUACGCCCAUCCCGGCGAGAAGGCCCGCCGGCGGGACCCGCGGAAGUACCACUACUCCGGCACCGCGUGCCCGGAGUUCCGGAAGGGGAGCUGCCGGAAGGGCGACGCGUGCGAGUUCGCGCACGGCGUGUUCGAGUGCUGGCUCCACCCGGCGCGCUACCGCACGCAGCCGUGCAAGGACGGCGCCGGGUGCCGGCGCCGCGUGUGCUUCUUCGCGCACACGCCGGAGCAGCUCAGGGUGGUGACCCCGCAGCAGAGCCCCCGGGGAGCCGCGACGCAGCUCCCGUUCAUGGCGUCCCCGAGCACGGUCUCGCCGGAGGAUUCGCCGCCGAUGUCGCCGAUGUCGGCCGCGGUGACGCACCAGUCGCUGAGCCGCUCGCUCGGGUCGAGCUCCGUGAACGAGAUGGUGAUGGCCUCGCUGAGGAACCUGCAGCUCGGUAAGGUUAAGUCCCUGCCUUCCUCUUGGAACGCAAACGCUCACGUCACCACGGCCGCCGCUACCACCGCCUCUUACGGGUCGCCGCUGCGACCCGGUUUCUGCAGCGUGCCGACGACGCCGACGCGUGUGCCGGCCCGGCCGGGGAUUGGUUACAGGGAUUUCUGGGACCAGGUGGAGGAGGAGGAGGAGCCGCUGAUGGAGAGGGUGGAGUCGGGAAGGGACUUGAGGGCCAAGAUGUUCGAGAAGCUGAGGGAGGAGAGCUCUCUGGACCGGGCCGACCCGGAGCAUCCUAGCCUAGGCGGCGGCGGACCGGACGUUGAGUGGGUAUCGGAUCUGGUGAAUUGAUUCGGAUCUUGGUAAGUGGGAAGCGACAAGCGAGUGGUUCUUCGUGUUCCUUUUUUGGGGUUCUUCUGUUUGCAGUGUACAGGACAUGGAUGGAUGGAUGGACGGACGGAUGGAUGGAGAGGGAGAGAGGAGGGGCUAUGGUAUCCGGAAGAGAAGCAGCAAUUCAAGAUUCGGUGUAUAUAUAUGAGUCUUUAGUGUUAAAUUAUUAAUUAAUCACCAUAUAUAUAUAUGUGGUAGAUACAAAUAUUGUAGAAAGAGGUUUCCUUGGGGGGGUUUUCUGAGAAGAAGAUCAGAUGGAAGCUGUCCUGAUCUUUUGUAUUUGUGGGGUGGUUUUCUGGGAAGAUCAGCAAAAGAUUGCGUCAUUUUUUUUGAGGUCGGGAAGCAGAAAUUGGAUUUGGCAAAAUUUUAUGCCCUCUUUUGGAAAUGUCAAAAAUUUGGGGCAGAGUGAUUAAGGUAAAAGCUAGCACUCUCAACUGAUUGUUAUUAGUGUUCGUUCUGGCACCUUUUAUCUUUUUUACCGUCGUAUGUAUGGACUGGCCGAGGUUUUUCAUCCCAGCGAUUCCUGGGUGUCUGUGUAUAUCUGAAGCACCGUAUGAUAAAUGAAAAUCUGUUCUUUUGUCAUC